AUGGUAUCGAAGAAUGGUUCGCAAGUUAUCGAAAUUAUACGAUAUGAAGAUCGCUACCACGAGCAGGCUAUGGAAGUACUACGGAAGUCAUUCUUCUUGCACGAAACUGUGUGCAUUGGAACAGAAGUAAACCUCACGCCGCAGGCACAAAAAGACCUUGAACAGCUAUGUCACGAUGUGGCCGACGACGGCGUAUCAAUGAUCGCAAAGCACGUGCCAACCGGCACGGUUGUAGGAGUUUCGUUUAAUGUGCUGCAGACCCCACGCAAUCCUGACAAUCGCAGUUAUUUUGAACGAUUUCGAGAUAGCAAAUGCACCACAGAUAGCUCACGAGAGCUGCUGCAAUACAUGAUUGCAAUGGACGCCAAGGUGAAUCUGUUUGAGAGGUACAAUAUUUCCUGUCUGCUGGAGAUAAUGUACCUUUCAACUUUGCCCAAUUAUGCAGGGUAUGGUAUUGCAACGCUGCUGGUGGAACAAUCCGUUCGAUUGGCUGAAAAGUUAAAAAACGCAACUGAGGUAGCAAUUUUCAAUCAUACGAAUUCACAUUUGACGCAAUUGAGAAACCCUAAACGACCCCAAAUCGUCUCGGGUCUUUUUUCAUCGAAAAUAUCGCAACGAAUCGGAGAAAAAGUUGGAUUUACGUUUGUUAUGGAAGUACAACAUUCAGAAUUUGUUUUCAAAGAUAAAACCUUCGCUGAAAGGGUUCCCGAUCAUCCAUCUUCUAAAAUCGCAGUUAAGUUUAUUUAAAUUGUUAUUUAUGUGAAAACGGUACUUUGCGAAUAUUAGGCAAGAGGAUCAUAUGAAUAUCCAUUUUAUACAAAAAGCAGAAAAAAAAUCUAUAUAUGGUAAUAGUUUUUCAUAUGUUUUCCAAUAAAGUGUUUU